UCCCGGCAGCCCCCGCGGCUCCUUCCGGGCGUGUGGCGGGGCCGUGAGGCGGCAGCGGGCGGGGGCCGGGCCCCGCUCCGGCGGCGCCAUGGCGUCGUGCGCCGACAUCCUCCGCAGCGAGUUCCCCGAGCUGGACGGCGAGGUCUUCGCCUACGUGACGGGGAUCCUGCACAGCAGCGGCGCGGACUUCGAGUCGGUGGACGAGCUGGUGGAGGCGGUGGGCGAGCUGCUGCAGGAGGUGUCGCGGGACGGCAAGGACGAGGGCGCCGUGCGGGAGGUGUGCCAGCGGCUCUUCAACGCCCUGCAGCUGGACGAGGGCCGGGCGCAGCGCUGCAGCCAGGUGCUGCUGGACGCCCCCAUCCAGCUCUCGCAGAUCACGGACGGAUACGAUGCCAGCGUGGACCUGCUGCCGGGGCUGCUGCUGAAGAGAGGGCAGGCGUCGAUGGUGGAUGCCAAGAAACUGGAGAAGGCAGAAGCCAGGCUGAAAGCCAAGCAGGAUAGGAGGAUGGAGAGGGAUUCCACAAAGUCAUCUGGCCCUCUAGUCCUUGAGGAGGCGACUGCCAGCCAAGCUGCCAGCAAGAAGGAGACUCGCAUGGAGUCGUCAGGCAAGAACAAGUCGUAUGACGUCCGCAUCGAGAACUUCGACGUCUCCUUCGGUGAGCGUGUCCUGCUGGCGGGAGCCGACUUGAACCUGGCGUUUGGCCGGCGCUAUGGGCUGGUGGGCAGGAACGGGCUGGGGAAGACCACGCUGCUGAAGAUGAUCGCCAGCCGGAGCCUGCGCAUCCCCUCGCACAUAAGCAUCCUCCACGUGGAGCAGGAGGUGGCGGGGGAUGAGACGCCGGCCCUGCAGAGCGUGCUGGAGUGCGACACCACUCGUGAGAGCCUGCUGCGGGAGGAAAAGGAACUGACGGCCAAGGUUAAUGCGGGCAGGGGAGAAGGGACGGAAGGUGCCAGGCUGUCAGAGAUCUACGCGAAGCUGGAGGAGAUUGAGGCAGACAAGGCCCCAGCGAGGGCGUCUGUCAUUCUCGCUGGGCUGGGCUUCAACGCAAAGAUGCAACAACAGACAACCAAAGAGUUUUCUGGAGGCUGGAGGAUGAGACUGGCCUUAGCCAGAGCCCUGUUUGCCAGGCCAGAUCUCCUUCUACUGGACGAGCCCACCAACAUGCUGGACGUGAGGGCCAUUUUGUGGCUCGAGAACUACCUGCAGACCUGGCAGUCGACCAUCCUCGUGGUGUCCCACGACAGGAACUUCCUCAACGCGGUGGCCACGGACAUCAUCCACCUGCACUCGCAGCGGCUGGACGCCUACCGGGGGGACUUCGAGAACUUCAUGAAGACCAAGGAGGAGCGACUGAAGAACCAGCAGCGAGAGUACGAAGCGCAGCAGCAGUACCGCGAGCAUAUCCAGGUUUUCAUCGACCGCUUUCGGUAUAACGCGAACCGGGCGUCCCAAGUACAGAGCAAGCUCAAGCUGUUGGAGAAGCUGCCAGAGCUGAAACCUGUGGACAAGGAGUCUGAGGUGAUGAUGAAGUUCCCCGAUGGCUUUGAGAAGUUCUCCCCCCCCAUCCUGCAGCUAGAUGAAGUAGACUUCUGUUAUGAGCCAAGUCACUACAUCUUCCGUUCCCUCUCUGUCUCUGCCGACCUGGAGUCCCGGAUCUGUGUGGUUGGGGAGAACGGAGCUGGCAAGUCGACCAUGCUAAAGAUCUUAAUGGGGGAGCUGGCACCAGUCAGAGGGAUCAGACAUGCUCACAGAAACCUGAAGAUCGGCUAUUUCAGCCAGCACCACGUGGAUCAACUGGACUUGAACAUCAGUGCUGUAGAGCUGCUGGCAAGGAAGUUCCCAGGGAAGACGGAGGAGGAGUACCGGCAUCAGCUGGGGAGCUACGGCGUCUCGGGGGAGCUGGCCGUGCGCCCCGUGGCCAGCCUGUCUGGAGGUCAGAAGAGUCGAGUGGCCUUUGCGCAGAUGACAAUGUCCUGUCCAAACUUCUACAUCCUGGAUGAGCCGACAAAUCACCUGGACAUGGAGACCAUCGAGGCGCUAGCAAAGGCGCUCAAUAAGUUCCGGGGCGGUAUAAUUCUGGUGUCCCACGACGAGUGCUUCAUCCGCCUGGUGUGCCAGGAGCUGUGGGUGUGCGAGAACGCCACUGUCACCCGCAUCGAGGGCGGCUUCGACCAGUACAGAGACAUCCUGAAGGAGCAGUUCCGGAAGGAGGGUUUCCUAUAAGGGAGGCGGGGGCCCAGACUGCCCGAGGAGGCUGGAGCACGAGGCUUCGGGCGCUGCAGCCUCCAGCCACGCUGAGCCUGGCGGAGCGCCGAGGAGGUGGCGCGGACCCCAGCCACGCCAUCCAACUGCCACCCGAACUGCUCUCCCCUCCCGGGCGCGGGCGGCCCCCGCUCUGCCCUUCUGCCUGGCCGCCCGUGCGAGGACAGCGAGGGACCGGGAGCCGCGGGCGCUGCUCCUCGUGGGCGCUGCCUGCUCCGUGCUCCAGGCCUGGGCCGUGCCUGGAGCUGCUGCUCCGCUGGGAUGAGGAAAGGAGGUGUCCCCCCACCCUGGUUGUAACUCCGUGCUCGCAAGGGCAGGAGAGGAGCUGUUCUUUCUUCGCUUACCCCCACUGCCUUUUUCUUUCUUUUCUGUUUAACCGGAGCGCGCUGCUCGGCUUCCCACAUGGUGUUUCUCUCCCCAGCUCUCGUACGCUCCCGUCCCCUCUGCUGCCCGGGCGGGAAGCGAGGCCUUUGCUGCUACAAGUGUCCCCAGCCUCUUCCUCGGCCCCUGGAAGCACCGGGGGCGAGGGUUCGCUUCGCCUGUGUCCCCCCCCCCCCCCGGGGUGCGCUGCCCUCGCACCCGCGUACCCCACAGGGGUGCCACGCGGCGGGGUGCCAGCGGGCCCCUCCAGCACGGAGGUCGCGGUGUAAAUAAAAGCAGAACGCUA